GGCGGACAGCAGACAGACGGUCCCGCGAUCGCCCCGGUUCCCGCCCCCACCCCCCCUCCCCGAGCUGUGGACAUGGAGGUGGACGUCGGCUCUGUGAUGUCGGGCGGAGAUGUAGCAGGCGCGGGCCCGGCCGAUGAGGACCAGGAGAUGGAGGGGGCUCCCAGCUGCUCGGGGUCGCGCUCCCUCCCCUUCGAGUUCGAGCGGAGCCGCUCGGAGUCCAGCGGCGACGACGACGACGACGACGAGGAAGAGGAGAUGGAGGAAGAGGAGAUGGAGGGGGACCCCGGGGCGCGGUUCGGGACCGACGACGGGGAGCUGGACUCGGACGACGACCGGGAGCGUAUGAUAAACCUCGCAGAGUUGACCCCUUACAUCCUGUGUUCCAUCUGCAAAGGUUACUUUAUUGAUGCUACAACCAUUACAGAAUGUCUGCACACCUUUUGUAAAAGCUGCAUAGUGAGACACUUCUACUAUAGCAAUAGAUGUCCAAAAUGCAAUAUCGUUGUACAUCAGACGCAGCCUCUUUAUAAUAUCAGACUGGACCGGCAACUGCAAGACAUAGUCUAUAAAUUAGUUGUCAAUUUAGAGGAAAGAGAGAAAAAACAAAUGCAUGACUUCUAUAAAGAAAGAGGAUUAGAAGUGCCCAAACCAGCUGUCCCACAGCCAGUUCCAGUGAGCAGAGGAAGACCUCGAAAAGUUCUGGGCUCCGUGUUCCGGAUCCCACCAGAACUUGACAUCUCCAUACUUCUGGAGUUCAUUGGAGCUAACGAAGGCACAGGGAAUUUUAAGCCUUUGGAAAAGAAGUUUGUACGUGUUUCAGGGGAGGCAACAAUUGGGCAUGUGGAGAAAUUCCUCAGAAGAAAAAUGGAUCUGGACCCUACUUGUCAGGUAGACAUAAUAUGUGGCGAUCACCUGCUAGAACACUACCAGACACUGAGGGAAAUUCGUCAAGCCAUAGGAGAGAGUGCAGUACAGGAACUUCUGGUGGAGCUGAAGGAAGGACCCUUGGUUCCAGGAUCACAAUGGGAACAAGGCUCUUCCAUCACUGGAGCAGCAGGGGUGUUGCCCAGUCAUGCCCCAGCCAACAUCCCAGGCUCCAUAGACUGUCCCAUCUCACCUAUGUGACAACGAAAUAAGCAGUGUUGGGCAGCCCCAAAGCACAGCUGCAUGGUGCAUGGGCCAGCAUCUCCGUCCAGGAAAAAAAACAACCCACCAGCCCUGUCAUGGGAGCUUGCACGCCUGUGUGGAGGCUGGAGUUCUCCCCAGAAUAAAGGUGAAGGCAACACAGCAUCAUGGAUAAAUGGCCAUGCUCUUACUUCUCCCUGAGCUGAUGGUGCAGUCGGUGUCCACUGCCUUUUAUCUGAGAGGUCGAGGCUCUGCAGGGGUAUAAAUCUUUAAGCAUCUGCAGUGUGACUCAUUCCUUUCCCCUGACAGCCUUGGUGUUUAACCCAGUAAGAAAGAUGGGACCACAAAGGAGGAUUUAUUGCCUUGUUUGAGCUUAGUGCUUUGCUGGAGAAGCCUUCUGGCGCAUAUAAGCAGGCAGGUGGAGGGAGUCACCCUGAAGAAAAGAUGGCAAUAGAAAAGGAGGCCUGGAUGGAAAUGGCUGGAGGUCAGCGCUGAUAACAUGCUGAGCUGGGCUCAUCCCUCUCUGCUGUCUUCAUUCUCCUCCUAAAGACCAGGAGAGUGAGGGCAUGGGUCUUCCUUAGGGGAAGAAGUGAGGGCACAAGCCCUCCUGGCCACGUCACCAUGCAUUCUGUGGGGACCUCAGCCCUCUUGCCCUGUGGUGGCCCCUGGGGGGCCCACAGGAGUGGAGCAGAUGGGGCUCAGCACACCUUGGUUGGGUGUUAGGCGGUCCCUUCUCUGAUCCUGCAGCCAAACUGUGAGCACCAGGACAUGGCCAGAGCAAGCUGUCCCCAGGGGCUGUGUCUGCACCGGCACACCGGAGCCCUUGGCUGCCUUCUCCGUGUGUGCCUGCAGGGUACGGUCCCAGUGUGUCCUGGGCAACAGUCCCCAGGGACUCCUGCUCCCAGUGCAUUUGCUGCUGCGAGAGACUGCAAUGAGGGAUGAAUCUCCUGCAAAGGCUCCCUUGUGGGACUACACUUUCUGCAAAGGGACUUACCAAAGGGCUAAUGGAGGCUUGCAGGAUGGGGUUUGAAAGGGUUGGGUUUUCUGGGUGUCAUGGCCAGCAGCUCUCCCUGGUUCUGUGCUUGCAGAGGACUCUGCUGGAGGACCAGCUUUCCUCCAUGGUCCCUGCAGCACAGGUGGUGUGGCCAGAGGCUGGACAUGAAUAACUGGGAGCCUACUGCAGAGCUGGGGCAGCACUGGUUGCCCAGUGAGGCUCCGUCCUUCAGGAAAGCAGCAUGUCCCCCUCCUGCAAGGGCUCUCACUCAUCCUCAAGUCCCGGGACAGCAUUUGUGGGAUUAGUAACUUGCUGCUAUCAGGGUAAUUAAAGCUUGGCAGCUCAGACCCUGUAAGAUCACAGGGACAGAGCCCAGCCCAGGGGCCAACAAACCCAUAAUGUAAUGUAAACUCAAGCCUGGUCCUUUCUGGUGUAUCCUAAAUGCCCAGAUCCUUUCCCUGCCUGCUGCCUCCCUGCCAUGAAGCUUAACACCAUGAGUCGGCACCAAAUCACUGCAGAGCUCCAGAAAUGCAGGAUAUCUCUGGAGCUGGCCCUUGCAAAGAGCUAAUUCUGGUUAGGAUCCAGUUCCCAAAACAGCACCUCAUCCUCCCUCUGACUCCUUUGUCCUCCUCCGUGACUGCAGCCCUCUGCAUCGAUAUCACUGAAGUAAAAUUCCCGGCUUCAUUGCUAGCAUCCAGCCAGCUGAGCAAGCAGGAAUCCCAGCGGAGGCUUGAGCCAGGAAUAAAGGACAGGUCAGGCUGCUUAUACUCAAGGGACAGAAAAAAAGCAGCGCUGGAGGGUAUUUGAGGUUUAGAAUAUAUUACAUUAGCUGCACGGUCACAUCUGCCUUUUAUUUGCCCUAUGGUUUGGAUGAAGUGCUGUUUGCAUUUCCUAACUGGCAGCUGAGCCGAGAGAUGUUUGAAGGUUGGUCCAAUGCUCUGGACUUAACUCUGCAGGUGCUGCCCCCCACCAUCCAGCUCUGCCUAAGCACCCCAAGUUGCUCCACACUGUUUUGCUGGGGGCUGCUGGUGCCAGUGGGAUGCGCUGCUCCAGCCAUGCACUGAGCCCCCUCCCCUGCCUCCAAAAGGUGCCCCUUGCUUUGCCCACCCCAGGGCUGCAUUACUCCACAGUGAGCAGCCUUGCCAGGGCAUUGUCCCCAAGGUUAUUGGUGUGGCAGGGUCAAGGGAAGCAGCCGUGCUGCUCCUGGCCUGCAAUGCUGGCAGAGAAGCCUGUGACUGUCACACUGUCCCUGGGGCUCUGGGGCAGAUUGCCAUGACGAGGCAGGAACGAGAAGGCAAUAGGACAGCGUGGUGCUGGCAGGGCCUAUUGCCUUUGCUCUUCCCAUGCCCCACUGCCCUCCCAUGUGCCCCUCUACAGGCACAUCUCAGGCAGCGUGGGGGCACCUUCUGAAUAUAAGCCAGCACUGGUCACAGCAGCUCUGCAGGCACCUUUGACUCCUGGGUUUACUUGGGAGGUGGGUGCACCCUCCAUCUUCCAUGUGUUAUUGUGUAAAUUGCUUUAUCUUCACUUAUGAAGCAAACAAAGAGGCUAUUUUUAACCCCUGAGCAUGCAGGCAGGGUGGAGGAGAAAUUGCAGGUAUGUUAGGACCAAACUGUCAGGGGUGUGAUGCAAAUCAAAGCCUCAGAGUCCAUUUUCUGGGCCAACGAGGGUGCGCUCAGCCAUGUGAGACCUUGUUCCCUCAGCCAGCCAGCCAUGAACUCUUCUACAAAGCAGGGCCACCACGACAGGCACCUGGAGGUGAGAGCUAGACAUGUCCCACUGCCAUUAGUGGGACCAGCCUUGCAUUGCAGCCCCAGCAGUGGAGUUUGGCAGCUGCACCCAAGCCCUUUGCAGGGGACUGGAGGGAGUGCUGGAGACUGAACUGGCUGUGAGCCAGACACUGAGGUGUGUUCCUGAGGUGAAGCAGCAGCAAAGAUGACAAAACAGCUCAGUUUGAUCCACAUAACUAUUUCUUUCUUUUUAAUUAUUAACUUGUGCCUUACUAUAGAAGAGAAAAUAGUGCGAGCAAACGAUUUGCUGGUUCCAGGAACUACUCUGGCACCACCGCGAGGGCAGUAAGGUCUCGUGAUGAUAACCUUGCCAGGGCACUGACACGCAACACACGCACACGCGGAGUCUCCGGCUCUUGCAAAAGCGAUUGCUGGCAAUUUUAAGGCAUUGAAGGAAACCUAUGGUUGUAAAUCCUAGAUAAAAUUUGGCACACGUCAGAAGAGAUAGAGCGGAGACGAGGAUGCUUUGUGGGCUGGUAUUUGGGAGUCCUGCAGCUUCCCAGUGCUGGCUGGGGCACAAUGCUAACGUGAGCGUGGGGUUUUCAGUGACAACCGUGCAGCUGAACAAGAGGCCCUGCAGGCCCUGACGUUUCAGAGCCAGCAGCACCAGACAAGGUGCUGUGCCCCACAGGGUGGUGGUGCCUUCACUUCUGAUGCACCAGUUCCCUGUCCUGUGCCUGCUGCUAGCAAACCCACAUGCCUGGCUGGACUAAUGCUGCUGGAAACCAGAGUUGGCAGGAUUAAAAAAAAAAGAAAAAAAAAAAA